AUGAUCUGCAAAGUCUGCCAUGAUAUGCUUUAUGACCACAAAGGCCGGAAAGGACUGACAAGCCUAGGGUCCCAACUCGAGCUGAACUUCAAGCACCACGCCAAAGGCCGGAACCUCGUCGGCUCGGUCCAGCAAGGUUGCUAUUUGUGCCGAUUGAUCCAGGAAAGGCUAGAGAGCGCCAACGUCAAUCUCGACGCCUACGAUGGCUCGAAACCUUUUCUCACCGCCCGCCUGAAGCCGUUUGGCCGCCGCCGCCAGACCGGCCUGUACCCGCUGGAUUUCUUCCUGGAGCCCAAUAAAGUGCUGGUGGCAAGCUUCGUCCUCAAGCAAAACGACCCCCAAAGUCCCGCCAACGUCCAAGUCAAGCCUGUCAGCGGCACGACGUCAGAUCCCAAGGUGGUGGAGAAGGCAAAGGAAUGGAUCGCCGAGUGCACGCAAGGUCACGACAAGUGUCGCGUAUCCCCCGACUCAGCAUGGGUCCCGAACCGACUCCUGGAUGUGCACACGGCACUGGACCCGGACAAGUCAGCAGAUACCAUCCGCUUAGUGAGCCGAAAGCCGGGCGAGACUGAUGCCAAUGCACCCCGGACGGAAGGCCCCUACGUCACGCUGAGCCACCGCUGGGGCAACGUGCCGUUUCUCAAGCUCACCAGGGCGAAGCUCACCUCCUUUCUCAACGGCAUCCCGCUAAGAGAUCUUCCGCAGACGUUCCAAGACGCCAUCAAGGUCACCCGCGAGCUGGACAAACGAUGGCUGUGGAUCGAUGCGUUGUGCAUCAUCCAGGAGGAUGAGGACCUGAAGGAUUGGCUCGAGGAGUCUGCGACCAUGGAGCAAGUCUACGCCAACUCCUACUGCAACAUCUCGGCCACGGCCGCGUUGGACAACUCCCGAGGUCUGUACGGCCAGAGGGACAUGAACUGGAAAUGGAUCGAGACCGUGACACUGAACACCCAGCACCUUCAAAACAGUGCCGAAGGCAAGGUCGGAUGCACCAUCCUGGACCUCUCCUUCUGGGAGAAGUACGUGGACAAUGCGCCCGUCAACCGCCGCUCCUGGGUCUACCAGGAGCGGCUGCUCGCGCCACGCGUGCUGCACUGGUGCGAAGACCAGAUCGCGUUCGAAUGUCGAGAGGUCAGUCGCGCGGAAUGUCGCCCCGAGGGCAUGCCUCACUUCCGGAUGAAGUCCGGCGUCCUCAUCCAGGGCCUGCACCUGAAAAGCGUGGACCUGGACACCGGCAAGCAGCUGCGCGCGAUCCGCGAGGCGAGCAGCCAUGGGUCCACGCUGUCGAGCCGUCUCCAGAAGAUGAGCGACGAAGUGCAGCUCAAGAAAUUCUACCUCUACGAGCUAUGGAAGCACUGGGUCGAAGUGUACACCAAGCUGGAGCUCACCAUGCCGCAAGACAAGCUCAUUGCCCUGUCUGGGAUUGCGCGGAUGCUGGCGUCCAGGAUGAAGAACGAAGGGUACGAAGAGGAUCAGUACAUUGCCGGCAUGUGGCAGAAGUACAUAGCCAGCCAGCUCCUGUGGUAUGUCAACGAAGGGACCGGCAAGAACAGACAACCCUUCGAAAACACCCGACCGGCAGAUUAUCGCGCCCCGUCGUUCUCAUGGGCCUCGGUCGAAACACCCCGGGGCAUCACAUUCGCCGAAACGACCGACACGGGCCUGCUCAUCGAAGUGGAAGUCGUCCGCCUGAGUUACCGGACCAUCGAGGACAAGUUCGGUCUCAUCACAGACGGGUACAUCGUCGUGAAAGGCGUGCUCAGGAAGAUCGAACUGACCGACGCGGCUGCCCCAAAGCCACCAUCCCUCUCGAGGACUGAAACAUUUGUCCACGCCAUCAACUGGGACGUCCUCGUCGUCAUUUCGCUCGCCAUCUGCCUGACGCCUCUCGUCGCGGUCCUCCAAUUCUGCGGGCUCGACACCCUCGUCCGCCACCGUGUGCGCCUCCUGAUCUGGACAUGCUGCUACGGCCUGCUCAGCCUGGUCUGUCUGUCCCUACGACACCUCCGUGGUCGUCUCUCCUCCUCUGCCACCGCCGCCACCGCUAUUCCCUCCGGGGACGAGAACCGGUACACCUGGCGACUGGUGCGCUACGGCCAGCCCGUCGGCCGAGAAUACCAGCUCGUCUACCUGGACAGCCCGGCGUCGGAGCCGUCCGUGUUCGGCCCGUGCGCGCAGGUGUUUUGCUUGCCCGUGCUGCGCGACGAGCGCUACCUCACGUGUCUGCUCGUGCAGGCCACGGACGGCGAGUUCGGCAUCCGGUACAAGCGCGUGGGCUUGACGCGGGUGAGUUCCCUGACGAGGGAUCUGGUGCAUAAUUUGACGACUCCGCCGGGGCAUAAUGAGACGGCGCUGGGGCAGUAUUAUUGGGGACCCAACUCGAGUAAGCGGAAUGAGAGUACGAUUUGUAUCAUAUGA